AAUGGUAGAAGAAAGAAUUGAAAAGUGAACAGCUAGCAUAGUAGUGAUUUGUACGUGUUUGGGAAGUGUAUUGUUAAAUACAUAAAUUUUAAAUUUGUGCAUACAUAUGUAAUUGUGAAAGAGGAAAGCGCUAAAGAGAAUAGUGUUCCUUUAAGUGAAAAAAGUACAUAACAAACCUAAAGUAAAAACAAUACCAUGUGAUUUAGAUAUUUCAAAAAACCCUAAAAGUGUUAGAAGAUAUGAAUCGUAACCUUGUCAAUGGCAAAUGCAGAUAAUGAAUAUAUGUAUUUCCCGCAUAUAAGUAUAUUAAAAGAUUAUUGUAUGGACUUGCAGACCUUAACUAAGACAAUAUCAAUCAUCACCAAUCGGAGUCUAAAUGUAAUAUAAGAAAACUAUUUAGGAUAGUUUUGCAGAUUAACUCGAAAAGUUUACUUCUACACAAAACUUUCAAAGCGGAAAAUUGUGUCCAAAUGGCGACUUCAGGAGCAACUGCGUCGGCGACAGCACACGCUACCAGUGUCGUGGUUCUGGAUCGCGGUAACAAUACAACAUGUACCAUAAAUCUGCAUGGCGCAACUGUCGUUUCGUGGCGUGUUAAUAAUCAGGAGCAGCUUUUUGUAAGCAAACUUGCCUCAUUUGAUGGGAAAAAAGCUAUACGUGGCGGCAUUCCUUUUGUGUUUCCUCAAUUUGGACCCUGGUCAUUCGGUCCGCAGCACGGAUUUGCUCGUAUAACUAGAUGGAAUUUAGAGCGAUCUCCAGAACGUUUACACAAUGGUGAUAUUGAAGCUAUUUUCUCUUUGACGGACAACGAAUUCACUCGUUCUAUGUGGAAUUAUCAAUUUCGUAUCACAUAUCGCCUGAUUUUACGAGAAAAGGAGUUACAUUUUCACAUUGGAGUAUAUAACCCGAGCAAGGAUUUAUCUUUCACUUUCAAUAUGCUAUUGCAUACAUAUCUAAAAGUUCCUGAUGUACGCCGUUGUCAAAUAACCGGUUUGCAUGGUUGCACAUUUAUUGAUAAGACUCGUGACGGUGCUAUAUACCAAGAAGGACGUGAAAUAGUGACCAUUGGCGAAUGGACGGAUCGAGUUUACCAACACACUCCACAAGAACAUGUCAUAACGAACGUUGUAUCCGGAAGAAAAAUGCGAUUACAAAAAUACAAUUUUCCUGACACAGUUAUUUGGAACCCAUGGAUAGAUCAAGCAAGAGAAAUGAGUGAUUUUGGGGAUGAUGAAUUUCCCAAUAUGCUGUGCGUGGAGUCGGGUCAUGUAUCAUCUCCGAUUAUUUUACUACCAGGUACAGCAUUUGAGGCCAGCCAAAUACUACAGAUCAUCAUCGAGGGGAAUGUCAAUAGAAAAACAAAACGAAAUCGCUAACGUUUAAAGAAUCGGAACCCGCAGAGGUAAACCGAUUCAUAAAAGGCAAUUUGCAUAAUAAAACACAUACAUAAUUAUUAUACGUUUAGAUGCAAAGAGCUGGAGAAGGAAAAAGAGACCGUCAAUUUACUCAACAGCAAAAUAAAGCAUUCCACUAAAUGAAAAUAAAUUCGGAAAUUUUGUAUAUGCAUGUAUAUAAUGUAGACGUGAUUUGAAAUUACAAAUAUGAACUUAAUCAAAUUAAAUUUUCCAAUUUUGACUUGAGUAUCUAAAAUUUCUUUUACAAAAAUAUAUAUUGAGUUAAUUUUUAUUUGUGGACCACUACUUUGGUGUCAUAUUAAGAAAUUUACACAAAGUUCUGCAGACAUUGUUAGUUUAAAUAAAUGGUGCUAAGUCAGUGCGUUCAAGUUUUAAAGAUAUUUGCCUACUAUAUUAAAAAUAUAAAUAAAUAAUAUUUAUAAUAUUAAAUAUAUUGAUAGAAAUUAAAUAAUUAAUUAAUUCAACUCAACUAUCCGGAAGAUUCUAAAAAAAUAAUUACUGACCUCUGCUUUUAAUCAUUAUGUUCAAAUAUGGUUAUAAUAUUUACAAACCCAAUAGAAAUCAAGAGGAAUUAUUUGAAAUUUUUUUAAAUAAAGCAAAGUUUGUUAAUGGCAAUAUUCCGAACGAGGUUUACUGUUAGCAUUAAAGCUUUUAGUAUUUCAUGGUGUCUGCAAAUAUAAAUUUUAAUUAAAUUUAUUAAUGAAUCUUUAAAUAUUAUUGACCAUUUAAAUAACUUACCUAUAACAUAAAAGCAUUAACAAUCUAUUGUUAACAUACAAUGAAGGUUCUGUUAUUUCAAGACAUUUCAAAUUAGGUAUUUUAAAUAAUUAAUUUUUAUAAACUGUGUUUAAGAAUAUUAUAGUAUAUAUAUUUAUAAUAUUAAUCUUACAGUUUUUCUUAACUAAAACUAAGAUUUUGUAACCACAAAAGUUAAAUAAGUGUUGACUUUAACAAAAAUGGUGCUCAAAUAUAUUUAUGAAUAAGUUUAACUUUAUGCAUUUUAUAUGUAUUAUUAUGUAAACCCAUAUUUUGUAUAUGCUCAAUUAAAACAUUGGAAGCUAUUCGUAUGAAAGAGAGCAUAUGAAUCAUUGUGAUAAUGUAGUAUAUUACAUAAAAUUUUGAUUUACAGAAAUGUUUUGUACAUAAUAAAAAUGCUACCCAUGUUAAAUAAUCAACAUUUAAAGAAACGAAGCAAAACCGUUUGGACGUUCGUCACUUUUGCAUUUUAAAUCUUACAAAAUAUUUUAUAACUCAAAUUUGAUCAAAAUUUCAGUGUACGUUUUUUUGUAUUAUGUAAUAAACUAAAACAAACUCAUUAAGUACAGUUUCUCUGGUAAAAAGUAGAUGUCUUUAAACUAGAUUAUUUAAUUUUUGAUCUUUUGUGCUUACUUACAUUUUAUAGACAUCUCGUCAUAAUUUCAAUUUAAUGCGCUAGUAUUUACUUCGGUAUGCUUCUCCAUUCGUUGUAUACUCUGCUUCAUAGUCUGGCUCUUGUUCACAGUAGCCCACAAAUCCUUAAUCAGGUUAAGGGAUUUUGUGCUGACCAGUGGAUGUGUUGAAAUUGAUUAGAGCGAGUAACAAUUUGGCAGUGUGCUUCAUAUGGUUACUCCCAUAGAAAAUUACCUCUUCCUAUGGAUAAGCACUUUCGUCCAUAAAUUCAAUUAAUUUUGACUGUAAAUUAUUCCAAUAGUAUCCUUUUUUCAGAAUUCCUGAGGUUCUUCAAGUGAAGCAUCCCCAUAGAAUGAGACCGUACCUAUCAUAUUUUACAUUCCGUCACUGUUUCCAGGACAUUCGGGUCUAAGUAACCGGAACGAACCUGGUUUUCCAGCUAAGGACUGCCAACUCGACACCAUUCCUCUAAAUUACUUCGGGAAUGUUUUCUGCCGCUAUAACAACAACAACGACAGUCUGCCGCUCAUAAUGUCGUUGUAGAUUUUCAUGUGGAUAUUAUUGUUUGCCUUCCGAUUGGAAAUGAUUGAUUUUCGUUACAUCUGAUGAGAAGUUGUUUUUCGAAUCUUCCACAGAACAGUUUUUAUGUUUAUAUUUUUAGUAGAUAUAGGCGUUAGGAAGCAACUACGUGUUUUUAUGGCCACAACAGAGCUCAUAGACAAUUUUAACAUACUAGCAAUUUCACGGGUCGGAAGGCCACUUUUUGCCAAAGUAUGUUUAUGCAAACGAAAAUCAAUUAAAAAUUCCAGCAAACCAAAUCGACAAAAUUUACUGUUAAUUUACAGUUAUGUUAUACUUAUAUCAAAUUGAAUGCAACGAGCAAAAUUGUACUGAAUGAGGUUGUUUUUUUCUUUCAUUUUUGUUAUAGAUUUUUUGCACAUUUGGUAUCGUUUGAGCUAAUAGUUAGAAAAAUACAUAUUAGAGAUCUUACAUAUAUACAAAAGAGGCGAGCAUAUAAAUAUAUUAAAUAUAAAUAAAACAUUCCUAUAUUUGCAUAUGUAUUCAUAAGUCGAUUUUUGUAACAUAAAUACUAAAAUAAAAUAUCAAUACAAGUAUACGAUUUUGUAACCAGCUAUACCGAAAAUCAAAAGUUUAAUAUUCAUAUAACAUAGUACUAUUACUAUAUAUAACACUGUCGAAUUCACAAAAUAAUUUGGAUGAUAAAAUGUGUGAGAGUUGAGCAGUCAUAUAUAUACACUUGAUCUCCUUUUUGCACGGACGCUCUUUUCACAGGACGCUCUGCAGGACUUCAGUGCCAAUUAAAUUAUGCAGUAGAAUGCUACUGUAAACUGUAUAAAGAAGUAAAGUCAAGGAAAGCACAGCGAUUAAUGACGAUUUUUUUAAUCAUAAACGUAACAUUAUAUGAACUCUGAAAUUUAUUUUUGCUAAUUUCUUUUUACGGUAAUACAUAUACAAUAUAACACCAUGGAAAUCUACAGUGUUUUAAUUGUGUAAAUUCUCGCUGUACGAAAAGAUAGAUUUGCAUAUAAGUAAAAUGAGAUUUCUUUUAUACGUUUUCCUUUUUUCACGAAUUUUUUGGAUUGGUUCUAAUAGUGAGUUUUACAUGAAAAUCUGACUUUUUGAACUGGUAAUUACUGCCCCAGUUAACCAUACAAAAAUGAGAUCAAGUAUAUAUGUACAUACAUAUCUAUAUGAAUAAAAAAUAAUAAUUUACAAUUACAUAACGUAAAACAAUUAA